AUGGCUGCGGUGAUUGAGAAUGUAGAGCCUGCAAGGAAGAAGAAAACCAAGAAAAAGGAUAAGAAGGUGGAAGAAAAGACGAUGGAGCCGAAGAAGAAGACAGUGCCAAAGCAUGUGAGGUUAAUGCAGGAGGCGCUGGCGAAGCGAAAGGAAGAUGAGGAGAGGCAGAGAAGGGAGGAGGAGGAGGAGGAGGAGGAGAGAUUGAGGAGAGAAGAAGAGGAGAGGUUGAGGAAGGAACUGCUUGAGAGGGAGGCAAGAGGAGGCCAGGAUUAG